AGAGAAAGCUAUCCAUUAAAGAUAUAUUAUUUCAUAUUUUUAACUAACAAUUUGAAGUAGAUAUAAACUUCAAACUGAUCAUGACAUAUAUAAGAAGAUGUCCAAAUUGGAAAUGCGAAGCGAUGGUGUUUGGAUGAAUAUGCAAGCGAAGGGCUACAAAUGUUGCCCAAAAAGGUGCCCUUUUGAAGACUUUUGCGCCAAAUGCAAAACUGUUGUCAGGGCACGAAAAGGCACAGCAAAAUGCCAGCAAAGCUGAUUUGUAGCAGGAAAAGUGUCCGAUAUGGGCAAUUCAAGCCCUUCCCACAGGGAAAAUUUUACGAAGCAUACAACGGACAUUUGACAAGCUCCUUAUCUCGCUCAUAUUGGCUACCAUUUAGUCCGGAAGGGACCAGACGUUCAUCUCAUCAUGAGCCAGUGAUAGAUCAUCCACUCACCACCCGUCGUUCACGCAGCUGGAAGGCGUAUGUCUUUACCACCUUGCCCAGGCACGCAUGUAACCACGAAACACAUCGCUGAGUUCAUCGACAUCUACUCCAAAAACACUCGUGAAUUGUCACAUCUUGUCCUCCAGUUCAUUUUGUUUUCUCCCUAAUCCACAAGUUUUUGGCCUUCAAAUGUCAAGUCACGAGGAUACGCCUCUUGAGAAUGAC